GAUUUUUCUCGGUAUUUAUACAAGUGCGGGAAACCUUAAACAAGGUUGAGCCAAAAACUAUGUACAAGGCAGAUUUUACAGUAUCCAAUACUCCACUUAGACCAGACAUAGUAUUAGAGGAGGGCAUUUUCGACUUUUCAGAUUAGUAAUAAAAUUUAAGAAAAAAAUCACAAUUUUGUUUCCUCUCUUUCCCGAUUCAGGCAACCGCCGGCCAUCCAGCGCCAAGCCGCGGCCUUCCAGCUCGUGCCGCCGCCAGCCUCCGAAGCCCAGCCGCCGCCAGUCUCUAAGCCCAACCGCCGGCCUCCCAGCGCCAAGCCGCGGCCUUCCAGCCCAGGCCGCUGCCGUAGGUGUCCCUGCGGAUUCCCGCCGCCCGACUUCCCGCGCGCAUCCGCCGCGACCCGCGCUUCCUCGCGUCGCCCCCACCUUAUCCCUUUUCCAUCGUAGGGACUGGAAGCCCCAUCUCUUCGCUCUCCUUGCCAGAGAGAGAUAGAGCAGAAGGCCCGCGCAUCGACGGCCACGGCGCCUCUCUUCACCCUCGCCAACCAUGGUGCUUCUCUUCCCCUCACAUCACAUGGCGUCUCUCCUCCUCCUCACAUGGCACCUCUCCUCCCCUCCGAUCGCUGCUGCAUGCCCCUUCCUCUGGCCGCCGCCCCCAUCCCAUUCUCUGGCCGCGGCGGCCGCCGCCCCCUCCUCUCCAUCCCUGAAGCAGCCAUCACUGGAGAUCCCCUCCAGAUCAGACUUGGCCUUCAGGCGAUUCAGGGUAGAGGUUGCUAUGGAGCGGGUGGAGCUAUAUUCAAUGCCGACAAUCCAGAAUGGAGGCUUGAUGUAGCAGGACUGCAGUUGAAGCUCUCGGAGUAUACAAAAAUGAUGUCAAAUUACAAUGGAGUGUUGGCAUUUCCAUGUUUUUAAUACUCCCUCCGUUCCAUAAUUCUUGUCAAAAUAUUGAAUGUAUCUAGACGCUUUUUAAGAAGAUAUACAUCCAUUUUUGGACAAAUUUGAGACAAGAAUUAUGAAACGGAGGAAGUAUUAACAUCAUCCAAACUAUCAUGCAGCUUAGAUUUAUUACUACAUUUUGCAUCAGUUUAUACACUUCUAUCUAAAAGUUUCUAGCAUAUCAUGUUAGUUCGUUAGUCUGCAUCAUGCAUAUGAUGUUUGCACUAAUAGAUGUGAAUUAACAUGUUUCA